GCUGGUCAAAAGUCAAACUUCGUCGAUCUCUUUCGUCGCCCAAAGAGAUCAAUAAAAGACCAAAAGGAGGGCCACCGUAGUUGCAAGUCAUCGAUCGCGGAGUCACCUCCCUUCGGCCUCGACCUUCACCGUAAUGGACGGCUCUGAUGGCAGCGACGCCCUUCCUACUCCCCCAGCGGCCACGGCGGCGGCAGAUCUUAAGGCUGCCGAGCAGCUCAUCCUUCACUGGGACCCGACGUCUUCGCCGUCUGACCGCAUGUUAUUCGAUGGCGGAGAUCGCGCCGAGGCUGAGCGAUACCUCCACGCCGUCGACGAGAUCCGCCGCGCCGUAAGGAACUCGGCUGGAAACAGCGGUAGCCCUAGGAAGUCCGGGACACCGGCCAGUACAAUCCAGAUCGCCAUGGUACGACUCGAGGACGAGUUCCGCCACAUACUGGUAUCCCGUGCGAUCGCAUUUGAGAUCGAUUCGAUCGUCGAUCUGAACUCACUCUCCCUCCCCCGAUCCGAUUCCGGUGACUUGGCGUCAGAUCUACCCGAGCCUGACGCCGCGGAAGAGGGAUUGGACCUUCGGCGGAGCGCGGGGAGCAGUGGUAACCUCGGGGGGAGCAGCACGCCGAGCUACCGUUCCACAAGCAGCAUCCGUGAGAUCGAUCUCCUCCCUGACGAUGCUAGUCAGGAUCUCCGCAGCAUCGCCGACCGGAUGAUUGCCUCCGGCUACAGUCGCGAGUGUUUUCAGGUUUAUGGAAGCGUCCGCAAGUCCGCGGUGGAGCUCUGUUUCCGCCAUCUGGGGAUCGAGAGGCUCAGCAUCGGCGAUGUUCAGCGGCUGGACUGGGUGGUUCUUGAAUCUAAGAUCCGUCGCUGGAUUCGCGCUGCCAGAGUUUGUAUACGUAUUAUUUUUGCCAGCGAGCGCCGCCUUUGCGAUCUCAUAUUCGCGGGCCUCGCUGGAGACGAUGCCCCUUUUGUUGAAACGGUGAAGGGCGCGGCCGUGCAACUGCUGAGCUUCGCCGAGGCAAUCAGCAUCGGCCGCCGUUCUCCGGAGAAGCUCUUUAAGAUCCUCGACCUUCAUGAUGCCCUCACAGAUUUACUUCCCGACGUUGCCGUUAUUUUCCAAUCCAGGGCAUUGGAAUCACUCAACACUCAGGUAUCUGAUAUCAUCGCCAGGCUUGCUGAGGCCGUUCGAGGAAUCUUAUCAGAGUUUGAGAAUGCCGUUCUAAGAGAGCCCUCAAAAAUUGCUGUUCCUGGAGGUACUCUCCACCCGCUUACGAGGUAUGUGAUGAAUUACAUCAGUCUCAUUUCGGAUUACAAGCAGACGCUGAUUCAGCUGAUCGUAUCAAGGCCGCCGGCGACCCAUCGGUUGCCAGGCGAUGACACCGGUGUAGGGUUGCCGGAAGUAGACUUACCGGAGCCGGCAAAACAGUCCCCGCUUGCAUCUCAUCUAAUUUGGAUAAUCUUUGUUCUCCAAUUCAAUAUGGAGAGUAAGGCACAGCUCUACAAGGAUGCUGCCCUCUCCCACCUAUUCUUAAUGAAUAACGUUCAUUACAUUGUCCAGAAAGUGAAGGGCUCCCCUGAGUUGCAGGAAAUGAUUGGGGAUGAUUACCUGAAAAAAUUGACAGCAAAGUACCGGCAGCUAGCUAAUAGCUAUGUGAGAGCAACGUGGGUGAAGAUCCUCCAUUGCUUGAGAGAUGAGGGGUUACAUGUAGGAGGAAGCUUCUCAUCUUCUGUCUCAAAAUCAACUUUGAGAGAUAGAUUCAAAGCUUUCAAUGCUGCGUUUGACGAAGUUCACCGAACUCAGGCUGCAUGGUUCGUGCCUGAGUCUCAGCUGAGGGAGGAGCUAAGGAUUUCAAUAUCGGAGAGAUUGAUUCCUGCUUAUAGGGCCUUUUUGGGACGGUUCAGACAACAUAUAGAGAGUGGGAGACACCCUGAGAUGUAUAUUAAGUACUCAGCCGAGGAUCUUGAGAUUGCCUUAUCUGAUUUUUUUGAGGGGUGCCCGCCUCCUUUGCAUGGCAGGAGAAAGUCCCAUUGAAGUUGAUGUUAGAUGGGAUUAAAAGCGAGUUUUGUAGAAAUUAUUCUUUAAUCUUUAUGGAAAGUCUUCGAGCGCUUGGUUUCUGAGAAUGAGAGGACAACUUAUCUUUGAAUAUUCGUUAUUUCAUGGAUUUGACUGAAAGCUUAAUGAAGACUAUUCUUUUGCGAGGAUGGAAGACACUGAAUCAAUUUUAAAGUUGUUAAGUCACAUGAGCCCUGUAAAAUUUCAUCUGUAAGUUUUUUUGUUACAUGUUAUAUUAUUGAAGGAAGUUCGUAUAAGCACUUUUCAAA